AUGGCGGCCCCCGACUUGCUCCGCGCGCCCGAUGGCGAGCGUCAGCUGGAGGCAGUGCCUGUGCGUCUCUUAGCAGGUAGCCAAGCUACAAGCAACCCGCCAGGACAGGAUCACUCUUGGGCCCGCUCCGUCCGACAGCGCCUUGCUACCCAACUCCAAGAAGUUGGACAUGCUGACCCGAAGCUCGUGGAAGCGCUUGUGGCAGAGCUCAUUGCUGUCUUCCAUGCCGUGCUGCAGAAGAGCAGCCGACACGCCUGGCUAUGCCUGAUCGAGGCCCUGCAGUUGAUCGCUCCCUUUCAGGAACUUUUGUCUGGGCAAGCAGAGCUGGCACCAUACCUGGAAGGACUCUAUUAUCAGUUUCAGAGCUGUCAGGCCUUGGUCUCUGACUUGGAUGUCCUAGGGGCCAUUUGGCGAUCCUUCCCCAAGGACUGUUCCAUCCUAUGGGCCUCUCCAAGGGCCACCUGUUCUCGAGAUCCUGCAGACCCAGCUAAGCUGCUGCCAUCCAGCCAAGAGCCAGUUUUUGCAGGCCUACCCUGCCCUUUUGUUGCUGACUGGACAGCAGCUGGACUGUCUGGCACGUUGAAACUGGAGCCUGUGUCCCUUCAGGAGUUGCAAAGAUGUGUGGGGCUUGUAGGCAGUGAGGUGGCUCGAGGGGAGGCCCCCUGGGCCAACAGCUUGGGCUUCAUGCCUCUGGCUGUAGCUGUAGAUGUGCCCACGGAAUACCCCUGCGAGGAGGCAAGCAGCACUGGAGGGUAAGGCCCCAGCAAGUGGAGGGGCAGGAAGACCUUGGGACCGGCCCCAGCACCCAAGAAGGCAGGGAUGGUGGUGGCGACGGCAGCGGCAGACAGGGAAAUGCCAAUGACAGGCCUCCAGGCUUCAGAGGUCUUUGCAAAGAACCGGCACUCAGGGGAAAUCCGUUUCCUAUACCUUAAUGUUGCGCACAACCGGCACUUCAGGCCGUAUGACCUGGUGGCUGUCCCCAAGCACCUGAUCAACCCGCUGCACUACAUCUUCUCGCCCUAUGGGGUGCUGCGUGUCCACCCCAAGGAGGGAUCAGAGGCGCUUUCCCUGGGCGACUGGCACCGGGAAGCAGUGCUGUGGCAGCUGAUGCAGCAUAUCCCUUUUUUCCGGCUCUUCCUGGUCCGCAAAGCCUUCGCCCGCUGGUGCUUCAACGUGAAACACCUGCAGCGCCUGAAGCACCGGGAGAAGCUGCGUCUGCAGCUGCUCCAGGCCGUGCCGCACUUUGGGGCAGCACUCCUGCACAUUUCCAGGCUCCUGCAGGAGCUGCGCUCCGUCCACUGGCUGCCCACGGAUAGCUCCAGGUGCUACAGCUUCCCCGAGCUGCAACGAGCCUUGGCCAAGGAGAACAGCCAUGCGCAGGGGCUCCUCAGCAGGUUCCUCACCCUUUGCUCCUCGAUCCUGGAGCUGGUGCGGGAUGACACGUACAAGAUGGUACAUGGGCUGCAGAUGAAAGUGCAGAGCUACAAGCUGUACAUAACCAAGGGGUCCCUGUACCACCAGCGGAUGCAGUAUGAGGAGCUGCUGCGCCAGCUACAGGAAGCGGAAUCCUGGCUGCAGAGGCUGGGCUUCCUGGCCCUGCUGGUGAAUCUCCUCAUCUGCCAGACGCUGGUCUCCACCAUGCAGGAAGAUGCCACCACCUUUGUUGAGCGCACCAUGAAGGCUGAUGGCACCAGGCGGAAGGCCGUUCUUGGGGUGCAUCUGGUGUUCAGCGCCGAUAGCAAGCUCAUGCUCUUCCCUUCCAAGGAGGAGCUGGAGGACUGCCUGCUCGGGGCCGUGAAUACAGUGGUGGAGUCCGUCUUGCAGGCUACCCGGAUCGGAAGUGAGAGACUGGAGGCUCAGGAGCACCUGCAGGGCACUGAGCAACCCUCAGCCACAGGAAAUGCCACAGAUGUGGUGGGCAGAGGCAGCAGCGCCGGGCACGGCUCCCCAGAUUGCGUAGAGGUGCUCCCGCGUUUGUCCACGGCAGUGUUGUGUGGUGAGGAGGUCCAGCUGGUGCACCGCCUGGACCUGAAGGCCUUUGGCGGCCUGGAAGUGGUUGGCCACCGCCUGAGGGGUGAGUUCCCCUUGCUGUCACGGGAGCAGCUGGAGAACGACCUGCAUUCAGACAGCAUCAUCCGGAAGGCCUUGGCCCAGCAGCGGGCCAUGAUCACGGCCGCCCUGGAGGAGACGCAGCUCCUGUGCCGAGAGUACAACUGGCUGGACCAGAUCUACCACUUCGUGCACAAUUGGAGCAGCGGCCAGCUGGAGAGCAUGAAGGGCUGGCCCGCCGAAGAGUACGUGAACCAGAUCCUCAAGCUGCGUGCGUGGGCGAGCCAGGUGCAGAACGUGCCACGGGCCGUCAUCACCUACAACCGCCUGCUCUUCGUGGACUGCAGCAGCAUUCACCAGGACCUCUUGCCCCUGCUGGCCUCCAUCAAUGAGGACAUCCUGGCCCUGCUGCUGAGCGAGACCCUCCAGCGCAGCGAGCUGCUGAUCACUGAACUGGCCGGCGUCCUGCAGCUGUACAUGACCGUUGGCACGGACAUCUUCACCGUCGCCAAGUGCUCCCAGAAGCUGGAGCAGUACCAGGGCCAGAUGACCGAGCUGCAGGAGUACGUGGACUACGUGCGUGCCCUCAACGAGGUCAUCCAGCAGUGCUUCCGCCCCCUCAGCCCCAGCGAAGAGAACCUGGAGAACACGCUCCUGGACACCUGGGAUGCCUUUGUGUACCAGCAGCGGGAGGUCUCCGACUUCAUCAUCUCCCGGCGCCUCAACAUCAUUGCUGAGCUCCACAGCUCUCUUCAGAAAGCGACCCGAGAACUGCAGGAGCUGCUGGCCAUGGUCACAGUGGGGCGCUUCCAGGACCCCUCCCAGAAUCCCCGGGCCAUGGAGGACGAGCUGCACCAGCUGGCCUGUCAUUUCCAGGCCACGGUGGCACGGGUGACUGACCUCUGCCGCUCCCAGCGGAUUCUGACCGGGGACUGCAUGGACGUCUCCUUCGUCACGGGGAAGCAGGGGGUCAUCGAGGUGCACACACGCGUCUGGCAGCUGCUCCGCAUCAUUUCUGAGCAGAUCACAGAGUGGAAGUGCUUGGCUUUCGCCAAGUUCAGCACUGCCCUGGCCAUGGAGAAGACGGAGGAGUGGCAGAAGGAGGUGAUCAGCCUCGAGCACUGCCUGCCCAACAACCACCCGGUCCUGCAGGCCUGCUUGCGUGCCAUCGCCGACUUCCAGAAGUACUUCCCCCUGCUCCUGAAACUUGGCAGUCCCUUGCUCAAGCUCAGCUGCUGGAAGGAGAUCUUUGCUGUGAUGGGUGUCAAGUGCCCGUUCAGCAUGCAGUUCACACUGGGCCAGCUGCUCUCCUACCCACUGUUGGAGCACAGCGAUGCCAUCUUCAGGGUCUACAUCUGUGAAAAAAACUGGCAGUAUGCUAGGGACACCCUCCACCACCUGCAGAGGACCUGGGCUGAGAAGCAGUUCCGCUUGGUCAAUUUCAUCCUCAGCGUGCCCUACCAGGAGCCACAGCCAGAGCGCUUCCGACGCCCCGCGAGCGGGCGCCAGCGCCCAGCCAAGCUGGAAUAUAUCUCCAAGGACAGUGGCACCUAUGUGCUGUCAGACACAGCAGAACUGAAGGCCAGCGUGGAGCACAGCAUCGUGACCCUCCAGAACAUGAUCCUGUCCCCCUUCUCGGCAGACAUCCAGGAGGAAGCCGAGAGCUGGGUGUCCACGCUGCGUGCCUUUGAAUCACUCUUGGAAGCCUGGGUCAGUUUCCAGCAGAAAUGGGUCUUCUUGAAUAUUGUUCUCUAUGAGAUGGACAUUAGCCUUCCCAGUGCUGAACUGGAUUUCCAGUUCCAGCAGGUGGAUGGCCACUUCCGGGAGUUCAUGCGGGUGACGUGUAGCGACCCGUUGGUGCUGUCCAGUGUGAGGCUGGUACCCGGCUCGAGCCGUGAGAGCCGCUUCAUUGGGAGCUCCUUGCAAGCCGCGUUCACGGAUGGAUCCGGAGAGCUGCAGGUCAUCAUCCGGGCCUUGGACUACGUGCUGGAGGCCAUUCGCAUGGGCUUUCCCCGUCUCUUCUUCCUCAGCAACGAGGAGCUGGUGGCCAUGCUUGCCACCGCCUCCGAGCCUGACCAUGCCUCGGCCUGGGCCCGGCGCUGCUUCCCCGGGGUCUGCCAGCUGCAGCUCCUGGUGCCCUCUGCGGCCCAGAACCGGGACACGUUCUCUGCCCAGCUACCCGUGGUGCAGGUGACGGGCCUGGUGGGAGCCCGCAGGGAGACGGUGAAGCUCUGCAGCACAGUGUCCCUCUGCCGGAAGGCCACGCAGUGGCUCUGCACCUUGGAGCGGCACAUGAAGGAGACCGUCUUCCACCUGGUGCAGGAGUGCGUGGCCCACCGGCUGGCCCUGCGCCCGCAACUGGACCUGGCCUUCGAGCGGCGCCCAGGGCCCACGGAGCUGCCCCUGCACUUGGUGGCCGAGCGCUGGGUGACCCUGGGAGGCAGCUUCCCCAGCCAGUGUGUGCUGCUGGCCGAGGAGGCGCUGUGGCGGGUGGCGGUGGAAGAGGCCCUGCCCGACCCCGGCCGGCGGCUGGCGCUGGAGCUCAAGCUGAGCCUCAGGCUGGAGGCGCUGGCCCACCAUGUGCGCAUCUACCGCAGCGCCCACCCCUGGGACCCGGAGGGUGACCCGCUGGGCCUGCUGCUGGAGGCCCUGCUGAUCCUCAUGGUGCAGCAGCGCGACGCCUUUGCCCAGCUGCUGGCGGCCCAGGCCAGCUCCCCGCAGGUGUUCGAGUGGGCCCGGCGCCUCAAGUACCACGUGGCCCUGAACCCGGAGAAGGGCCAAGCGGCAGGGCUCCCCGCGGGCAGCCCCUGGCUGGGCAGCCCCCCAGGCUGCUGGGUUGAGGUUCUUGACAGCCGCCUGGCCUACGAUUACGAGUACUUGGGGCCCGGCCUGCGCCUCCUGGGGAGCCCCUCACUGGACCGCACGUUCCUGGGGCUGCUCCUGGCCCUGGAUGAAUUCCGCUGCGGCGGGCUGCUGGGCCGCCCCGACGUGGGCAAGUCCCACACGGUGCAGGGCCUGGCCCAGGCGCUCGGCCGGCAGCUGGUCACCCUCCACUGCGCCGUGCAGAUGUCCGUCAGCUGCCUCGCCCGCCACCUCUGUGGGGCAGUGCACGCGGGGGCCCUGCUGCUGCUGGAAUCUGCCGAGCAGCUUGAGGCGGCAGUGCUCUCUGCCCUCAGCCAGCACCUCAUGGAGCUGCACCGGAUGUGUCUACCCCUGCAUGCCGGCAGGGGGGCCGCCGCCGGCCUCUCCUCCGCCACCGCCUCCCCAGACAGCCAGGACUCGGAGGGCUCGGAGGACUCGGAGCAGGGCGAGGGGCCCCCUGCAGUCCUCCUGCCGGAGCUGGGCACCAAUGAGGCCGAGCCUUACCAGCCGCGCGUCCUGGGCAACAUCCUCUUUGGGGGCCGGCUGCUGCGCGUGCGCGAGACCUACGGCUGCGUGGUCACGCUGGAGCGCCUCCCGGAGACCCUGCGCCUGGCCCUGCGCCCGCUGGCCGUGCUUCCCCCUGACCUCGCCAGGCUGGCGGAGGUCACCCUGCUGGCAGCCGGCUUCCGGGAAGCGGCACGGCUGGCGGACAAACUCUGCACCUUCCUGCGUCUGGAGGCGGAGCUGAGCCCUGGCCCGCGCCUCAGUCGGCCCACCCUGCUCCGGGAGGUGAUCCGGACGGCCGUCAGCAUCCUGUUCAGCCCCCCAGCCAUGCAGGACCCGCUGUGCUCCAAGGGCAAGUCCUCCACCCGGACUGCCUUCCUGCUGGGCCUGGAGGAGGAGCCGGCCGUGAUCAAGGCCCUGGCUGGCUCCCCCUUGCUCUGCGGCCCCGACUGCCCCCGGCUGCACAAUGUGCGGGAGCUGCUGCGCGAGGUCUUCCCCAGCGCCCCCAUGCAGCCGUGGGAGCCGCAGCUGCCGCCUCGCCUGCAGAGCGCUCUGGCUGCCCAGCUGCACGAGGGCAAGCUGCAGGCCGACCCGGAGUUCUUCCGCCUGGCAGGCCAGCUCUGCCAGGCCCUGCAGGGUGCCCCCAGCAUCGUGCUCCUGGGACCCUCCGGGAGUGGCAAGACCACCGCCUGGCAGACCCUGGCCAAGGCCCAGAGCAGGCUGGCGGCCAGCGACGCGGCCCCUCGGGGGCCCAGUGUCAGCACCUCCCAGUGCACGCUCUCCCAGCCGGUCAGCACCGUCUGCCUGUGGCCCAACGGCCUGAGCGUGGCCGAGUUUGUGGGCAGCCUGGAGGGCAGCGUAUGGAAGGACGGGGUCCUCUCCCGGCUCCUGCAGAAGGCGGCCACUUCCUCCGUCGUGGGCGGGGCGGGGAUGGGGACCGGGAGCGGCCAGCAGUGGCUGGUGCUGGACGGAGCAGCCUCUGCCGAGUGGCUGGAGCCCAUCUCCUCGCUGUUCAGCGCCAGGCCCUCCCUCAGCUUGCCCAACGGACAAAGGCUGGAGACCCCCGAGAACGUCCGGUUCUUCUUCGAGAUGCCAGACGUAUCCGGGAUGCCCCCCUCCAUCUGCAUCCGCUGCACCUUGCUGCACUGUGAGGGCGCGAGCCUCUGGCGGGCGCUGCUCUCGUCGGAGCUGGCCUACGUGCACCGCAAGUACGGCCUGACCCAGGAGGGCCUGGCCAUGCUGCGCGAGCUGGCCGAGGAGCUCUUCCCCGCCACGCUGGCCUUCCUGCAGCAGCACUGCUGCUCCACGCUGCUCCCGCACCCCCACCCGCAGAGCCCCCUGGCCCAGGGCGUGCAGGAGGUGACGGCCUUCGCCAGGAUCCUCCACGCCCUGCUGGAGCAGUUUUUGCGCCGAGACAGGAUCAAGCACCUGCCUGGCUCCUUGAUUUUGCCAGGAGAAACGAAGGCCGUCCCUCUUGCAGCUCAUUCCUCUGGCCCUCACGGCCUGGAUGACGCAGUUCCUGCCCAUCACCACUUGCUUGCCCAGAGCACCUUCACCUUUGCCUACGUGUGGGGCUUUGGGGGCCACCUGCAUCCCAGGCACUGGCCUCUCUUUGACCACUUUGUCCGCCGGGCCCUGAGUGGCAGCAGGUUCCGCAUCGAGCUUCCUCCGGCGCCGUCCGUGUUCGACCUCUGCCCUGUGGCCGAGAAAGGUGCUCUGGAGCCGUUCAAUGGCCAGUACCUGACUGGCCGGGUCAAGGGCAUUCCUGCCAGCUUUUCUGUCCUGCCACAGUACGAGCGGGUGCUUUUCGUGGUCGAUCUGCUGCUGGGCUCCGAUCAGCCCAUCCUUCUGGUCGGGGAGCCGGGGUGCGGGAAGUCCUCCUUUGCCGAGGCGCUGGUGCAGCCCAACCACUACUACCACCGCGUGUGCCUCACCCCUGCCCUGAGUGCGGCCCACCUGCGCCACCUCCUGCACAAGAGGUCUCUCAGCAUGAUGCGGGACAAGGGCCUUUUCGCUGCCGGCAAAUCCACCCGCGGUGCGGUCGGCAAAGGCCGCUGCCUCUUCUUCGUGGAGGACCUGCAUUUGGCCUUCGUUGAUCCUGUCCGGGGCUCAAGCCCGGUGGUGGAAUCUUUGCGCCAGGCCCUGACCCACCACCAGUUCUACCAUGCUGAGACUCUGGAGCUGCAGCACUGCCCCGCCGCAGGCUUCAACUGCCUCGCCUCCCUCUCGGUGCCACUGGCCGGCGCGUUGCCCCUCUGCCCUCGCUUCGGCAGGCUCUUCAGCGUCCUGGUGCUGCCCGUCAUGACCGGGGAGUCCCUGCUCGGCAUGCACGCUGGCAGCGUGCUGGCCUGGCUCGAGAAGUUCCCUCUGCUGACCCGGCACAGUGACCUGGCCUCCGCUCUCGUCCGGGCCACCAUUGCCACCUAUGACUCCGUGAGGAGCCGGUUUCAGCCCUCGCCAGCCUGCUGCCUCUUCCGUUUCUCUCUGCAUGACGUCCAUAAGGUCAUCAGGGGCCUGUUCCUGCUGCGGCCCCGGCCAGGCAUUCACCUCAGCAGCCCCCUGGAAGACCACAUCAUCAAGGCGCCUUCCAGCCGGCGUACCUCUGGCCUGAGCAGGAUGGCCGUGGGGACGGGCUACACCAUGAUCCUCAGCAUCCGGCUGAUCAUACGCCUCUGGGUGCACGAGAGCCUGCGCGUCUUCUGUGACCCGCUGCGAAGUGAGCAUCAGCGUGAGCUCUGUGCGCAGGUGGUGAUGGAGAUUGCGGCUGCCACCUUCUGCGCCAGGCAGCCCUUCCUGCGUGUGGUGUCCCUUGCUCUCCAGAUGUCCCGCCUGCCCAGCCGAGGCCACACUGCCUUCCAUCUCCCCAGCACCUCCAGCUCCUUUUUCCCGGGAACCACAGAGGAGGAGGAGGAGGAGGAGGAGGCGGCCGAGCCCACAGAAGAGGAUCUGCUCACGACCCAGGUGGAGCCUGACUUCCUGUACAGCCACAAUGUGGAUCGUCUGGACCCCUGGGAUCCCGUGGAGCAGGCCCCCGCCCUGUCUUUGGAUCCCCCAGCUCCAGCGUCUGAUGAUGAGCCCACCCUGUGGGAGCUGGAGAAUGAGCCUUCCUCAAAAGCGGAUCCUGAGGUGGAGGCUGGGGUGGGGAAGAAGCGCGAAGGGGCCUUCCAGGCAACAGUCUCUGAGAUGCUGCGGGUGUCUCAUGACCCCCGGGCAAGCCCUCAUCGCUCCUCCCUGGUGCGACUGAAGCGGCGCACUUCCUCCAAGAAAGACAGCUCUGGCCCGCUGCUGCCGUCCCACCUCCUGCUGCUGCCCGGUGAGGCCCCGCGAGAUCUUGUCUUCAGCAGGGACUUGGGGCAGGGGGCCCACAGCCCUGGAGCCCACAACCCCUACCAGGAGAAGUCCUGGAGGGCCUUGGAGGGCCAGCUCGCUCCCUGGCUGCCCCCGGAUUUCCUGAAGAGCUCCCAGGGCCUGAGGCACGUGGUCCGCUUGAGCCGGCUGUUCUGCAGCCCCGACAGGCACGGCGCGCUGGUCUCCUUUGCCCGGGGCACCGGGCGGCACACCCUGGUGGCUCUGGCUGCUCAGAUCACCGGUGCCGUUCUCAUGGAGCUGCCGGCGAAGGCUGACGAGGCGGAGGUCUUGGCCCUGCUGCGCCUGGCGAGCUGGCAAGCGGGGGUUGCAGGGAGGCGGGUGCUGCUGCUGGUGCAGCCUGGGGCGAGCUUGGCCAGCCUGCACCUGGUCUUCGCGCUGAUGGCGGAGGGCACCUGCCCCGGCCUCUACAGCCCCGAGGAUUCCAUGUCCGUCAUUCAAGCCCUGCUGCAGGAGAACCAGAGCAUCAAGCGCACCAUGCGGGAUGACCUCAUUCUGCAGAGGUUCUUCCAGUUUGUGCGUUCCAACUUGCACGUGUUGCUUCUGCUGGGGGGGCCGCACUCCUUGGCACUGCCCCCCCUCCUGGCCACAGCCCUCGCCCAGGUACUCUCCAGCCUGGAGAUCUACCAGCCCUGGAGCUACAGGACCCUGUUGGAGGUGACCUCAAAGCACCUGAAGCACCAUUUCAGGCAUUCGAGACUGACGCGAGAGCCGGCGUCGCUGCAUACCCACAAGGACUUGAUCCUCUGCAUCGCCAGAGCAGCCGCCUGGAUCCAUAUCUCUGCCGCUCUCUAUGCAACGUUCCUUGCUGCCCACCUGCCCCUCAUCAGCCCCAAGACUCUUCUGGACUUGCUGGACACCUUCGUGGGGCUGCUGAGUUGCCUUCAUGAGAGGAACAGCAAGCAGACCGAUCGGAUGAAGCUGGCGUUGCACAACAUGAGCGAGGUGAGCAAGAAGCAGCAGGAGCACAGCCGGGACGUGCGCUUCCUGCAGCAGAAGCUGGUCAGGAUUAAGGAGCAAGUGGCGCAGAGCCAGCGCGAGGUGGAGCGGGAGCGGGAGGUGCUGCGGCAGCAGGAGGCCGAGUGCCAGCUGUUCGAGGCGCGCAUCGAUGCCCUCACCAAGGAGAGGGAUGAGCUGGAAAAGGGGAAGGAGCUGGCCAUGAAGAAGGUGAGCAACGAUUACAAGGCCGCGCUAGCGACGUUGCGCGUGCAGGACAUCGAGGAACUGCGCAGCUACCGCCAGCCGCCCCUCGCCGUGCUCCGGGUGACCGACGCGCUCUGCAUGAUGUUCCAUCAGGGGCCGGGCUGGGAGCAGGCAAAGCUGCUCCUCAACAGGGAGGACUUCUUCCAGGAGCUGAUCUUCUACCCCAAGGACCGCCUCUCCCCGGAGCUGUUCAGGGCCCUGGGCCAGGUCGUGUGUGACCAGGGCUUCUCUGCGGCCUCCGUGAAGAAAGCCAGCCAAGCCGCUGCAGCGCUCUGCCAGUGGGUCUCGGCCGUCUACUGGUACCACUGGGCGCUGCAGGACUGGCAGCCAGCCAUGCUGCAGGUGCAGCAGUGUGAUGACCAGAUCCACUCGGAGAAACUGAACCUGGGCAACCGGCGCCUGCACGCCGAGUACCUGAGGAACGCCACCCAGGCCCGGAUCCGGGAGCUGACGCUGAAGCAGGAGCGCCAGGAGAAGCUGCUGCGCCAGCUCACGCAGUCCCUACAGGCCAAGGAGGAAGCCGCCACGGUGGAGAGCUCUGUGGCGGAGCAUUUGGCGACCUGGACGGAGCUCGCCAAGGACCUGGAGCACCGGCACCGCACGGCGCAUGGCGACGCGCUGCUCUGCGCGGCUGUCCUCACAUACCUGGGCCCCUUCCCGCCCGCCCGGCGGGGGGAGCUGCUGGAGAAGUGGCAGGCCGUGUGUGACGGGGCCCGCGUCUCCCUGGGCCCAGAUGACGUCGGCCAGCUGCUGCAGAACAGCUGCCCCUGGCCCAGCUCCGCCUCCACCGGCCCCCCGCUGCUGCUCUUCCAGAAGCCCCUGAACCUGGUCUCCUUGCUCAGCUCGGCUCAAGAGCAGCGCCUCUGGGACCGUGUCCACAAGCCCAGGGAUCCCGAGAGCCGGCUGGCUGCCAUGAUCCUGCGCUCCAGGACUCAUGCAGAGGCCCACCGCUGGCCUCUCUUGGUGGACCCAGACAGGCAGGCACUCACCUGGCUGCUCAUGGCUCCAGCCUUAGAAGACGAGGAAUCGCAAGCCUACAUCCUCUCGGACCUGGUACCAGAUAUGGUGGAGCAGGGCGUCUGUGAUGAGAUACCGGAAGACAUGCUUGAGAUCCUGUCGCUCGCAGCCCCUGACCUGGAGCAGAAACUCAGGCGUGCAGCCAGUGCUGGCUCCCCCGUGCUCUUGAUGGACUUCGAAAAGAACGUCCCCUGGUGCCCAGCGCUCGAGCAGCUGAUGCAGAAGGAGACCUUCCGGGGAGCAGAGGGUACCAUCCUGCUCUGCAAGUCCGAGGAGGAGGAGGCAGCGGGAGAGGAGAGCAAAGAGGAGGAGGUGCUGGUGUCCCCCUCCUUCCAGCUCUACCUGUGCACGGAAUUGCCUCUUGAGGCGUUUGCUGCAGAGGUCGGCCACACACUUCUGAAGAGCCUGAACGUGAUUGACCUCAGCCUCAGCCAAGGGGCCCUGGAGGACCUGCUGCUGGUUGAGGUGGUGCGUGUCGAGCGCCGGGAGGUCCUGAAGAACCGGCAGGCUCUGCACCUGGGAGUCCUGCAGCUGGAGGGCAAACUGGAAGCCACGGAGGAGGAGCUGGUGGACCUGAUCUCCCAGCCGCAGCGGUCCCUGCUGGAGGAGGAGAACUUCAUGCCCAUGAUGAGGCUGCUGCAGACGCAGAUCCGAGCCCUGCGGGCCACCCACCAGCACAUGCUCUCCCAGCACCAGGACCAGGCGGCGCUGUGCGACAAGUACCGGCAGGUGGCCCGCCUGGGCGCGGCGCUGCACCGGGCGCUGCAGCAGGUGGCCCGCCUCCACCCGCUGUACCACUUCCCCACCGAGGCGUGUGUCCACCGGGUGCGGCAGGCCCUGCUCUCCGCCAAGCGCCAGGAAAGCAGCAAGCAGGAGGCGCUGGAGACCCGCCUCCUGGAGCUGGGCCGGGCCGUGCUGCAGCAGCUGGUCGCCCAGGCGCUGCCCUGCUUGCGGGAGCUGGACCGCCUGCUCUACGUCUUCCUCGCGGCCCUGGCCACGCUGCGGGUGGGGGGCGCCGUCAGCCCGCCGGAGUGGCUGGCCUUCUGCCGGGGCUUGCAGGAGCCCGCAGCCCAGGCCCUCCUGCCGCCGGAGGCCGGGGCGCCCCGGCCCAGCUGGGUGCCGGAGGAGGCCUGGCGGGAGUGUGUCCUGCUGGAGGGCCUUCCUGGCUUCCAGGGGCUGCCGGCCUCACUGGCCUCGCGGGCCGUGCAAUGGCAGGAGUACUUCCGCCUGCCCUCCACCGUGGUGGGGCUGGCCUUGUGCCCCAGCCACAGCCACCUCGGCCUGUUCCAGCGUGCCAUUCUCUGGCGCAUCAUGCGCCCCGGCGCCAUGAGCAGCGUGAUGGCGGACCUGACCACCUGCUUGCUGGGCUGGUCCCUCACGGAAGAGAUGACGGCCUCCAACCCCAAUGCCUACAGCCGCGCCAACAGGCCGGUCGUCUUCCUCACACCCGCCGCCGGGGCUCCGGGUUCCUUCACGCAUCCACUUCUCUGGAUCCAGCAGAUGGCUGCCCAGCGCGGACGGGCCGGUAGGGUGGUGGUCGUCUCCUUCGGCACCCAGGACGCGGCCAGGCGCGUGUGGAGGACGCUGCCACUCUGCGCCAAGAAGGGCAAGUGGCUGGUCCUGGACAACUGCCACUUGCAGAGGAGCUGGGACCCCGACGUGCUUGCGCAGCUGCAGCUGCUGCUCGGCGCCCCAGCAGGUGAGGCCGCCCGGGCAGCCCUGGAGAUCCACCCCAAGUUUCGCCUCUGGCUCGUCACAGCAGCGGACGCCCCCGAGUCCGUGCCAGGGCUGGUGCGCCGCAACGCCACGACCCUUUUCUGCGAGAUGCCGCUGGAACUGAAGGGUAUCCUCGCCCACACCCACCAGCAGCUGCAGGGGCAGGCCGUGAACCUGGACACGGAGCAGGGGCUGCCCCUGCUGGCCUUGUACGGGGCCCUGCUGUACCGACAGGCCUGCGCCCCGGGGACCCAAGCUGCCCCGUACCUCUGGAGCCACGAGGACUUGCUAGCAGGGCUGAAGAUGCAAGAGAAACUGAGCCGGCUGCCGGACACGCCUGAGGGAGCCCUGCAGGAGCUGGCAGGGACCAUCCUCUUUGGGGGCCACGUCCUGGAUGAGGGAGAUGCCCAGGCCGUGCAGAGCUUGUGUCGGCAGUGCCUGGGCCCGGCGUCACACCUGCGGCAGGAAACGGGCCUCCAGAGCCUCCUGGCCCUGGUGGCCAGUGGCCCCAGACCUGGGCUCUCGGAAGAAGAGGCGGCGGCGGAAGUCCUGGCCCGCAUCGCGCAGCUGCCCAGCCCCACGGAGCUGACCUGGGUGGGCCUGAGUGCGGAGCUGCAGCAGGAGGCGCUGGCCCGCCGCAGCCGGGCCCUGCUUGGCGCCCUGCACAGGUCCCAGGGCCUCUGGCAGCCGCGGGGCUCCUGGGCCGCCCAGCAGCAGGAUGCUCUGGAGCGGCUGGUGCAGGAGGGGCUGGGCCUGGUGCAGGCGCUGCAGGGGCAGCUGGAGCAGAGUGGCUGGGAGGCAGGAGGCCGGGCCCCCCUGCCCCAGGGGCAGCCCCGGCCCAGGCCCCGGCCCCUGCAGCGCUUCCUACUGGAGGAGGGCGGCCGCUUCCUGGCCAUCCUGAAGCAGCUGGCUAGCGACCUGCGGUGUGCGCACAGCCGCCUGCAGGGAGGCUUUUGCCCCACGCGCCGCUGCGGCACCGUUCUGCAGGACCUGCGGCGGGGCCACCUGCCGCGCCCCUGGCUGCCCCACACCCCCACCGGCCCUCAGAGCCUGCCGGCCUGGCUGGAGAGCCUGCGGCAGCGCUGCCAGCUCCUCUGCCUGUACCUGGGCUCCGUUGGGGGGCCACCGGUGGUCUCCUACCGCCUGGCGGCCUUCCACCACCCGCAGCGCCUCUUCCUGGCCCUGCUGCAAGAGAAGGCCCGGGCGGAGAAGCAGGCGCUGGACAGCUACCAGCUGGAGCAGCAGGUGCUGCCUGGGGUGCUGCCCCCCACCAGCGCCCCCGACCAGGGCAUCUACCUGAGUGGCCUGGAGCUGCGCCACGCCACGUGGAAUGCUCAUGGUGGCUACCUUCAGGAGACCCUCUCGGCCCAGCCUUGCAAGCUGCCCACGGUCUGGAUCCAAGCCAGCCGCCGGCCCUGGCCGCCAGGCCCUGGCCUGCCCCGCUACGAGUGCCCCGUGUACGUGGGGGCUCCCGAUGAGCACGUGUCCCUCAGCAGCAACCGCGUCCUCCUGCGCCUGGCCCUCCCUUCCAAGAUGUCCCUCGAGCUGUGUGCCCAGCAGCGGGUGCACGCUGUCAGCCUCCUGUGCUGA